GGCCCAGCCCCUCUUUUUACCUGAAGAGAGGGAGAGGCCACAUUGAGCUAGACCAGGGGAAAAACAAGGAAGAGCUCACAAGCAGGCAGGUCGCUGUGUGUGUUCACUUCCCCACACUGAGCCUUGGAGACGAGUAAAAGAGGAGUUUGCCCAGGUGGUGGGUCUCUCAGCACCGAUAUGGACGUCCCGGAGUCUCCCAACUGGAAUAUGGGACUGUUGAGGACCUUUGAUUCCUCCGAGUUUGGCAGCUGGGAGAAGAUUGGCUCAGGUGGAUUUGGACAAGUAUACAAAGUCCGGCACGUACAGUGGAAAACAUGUCUGGCUAUCAAGUGCCCUCCUUGCCUUCAUAUGGAUGAAAAGGAGCGCACAGAGCUACUGGAGGAGGCGAGGAAGAUGGAGGCGGCCAAGUUCCGGUACAUCCUUCCUGUCUAUGGGAUCUGUGAGGAUCCUCAAGGCCUCGUCAUGGAGUACAUGGAGACCGGCUCCCUGGAGACCCUGCUGGCCACUGAGCCGCUGCCUUGGGAGCUCCGCUUCCGCAUCAUCCAUGAGACUGCAGUAGGGAUGAACUUCCUCCACUGCAUGAAUCCACCACUGCUCCACCUGGACCUGAAGCCCGCCAACAUCCUGCUGGAUGCCCACUAUCACGUCAAGAUUUCAGAUUUUGGCCUGGCCCGCUGGAACGGCCUGUCACGGGCUGAUGACAUCAGCAGAGAUGGCUUCUGCGGCACCAUCGCCUACCUGCCACCUGAGAGCAUCAUCGAGAAGGACAGGGUGUCAGACACCAAGCACGACGUCUACAGUUUCUCCAUCGUCAUCUGGGGAGUCCUCACACAGAAGAAACCCUACCAAGGAGACAAUAACAUCCUGCAGAUCAUGGUGAAGGUGGUUAAGGGGGUGCGUCCAGACCUUGCUGCAGUGCCACGCUGUCGACCUACGGCCUGUGCAGGUUUCCUGAGCCUCAUGCAGCGCUGCUGGGCCAUUAACCCUGCGUCCAGACCCAGCUUCCAGGAAAUCACAUCUGAAGCCGAGGAGCUCUGCUCCAAACCUCAAGAGGAGCCAAGGACCCCAACCCUGUCUACAUCCGAGCCAGAGUCUGAAUCCCACAAUGCACUCACUAGUGAUCAGGUUAAAGACAACAAGCCAGUGCGUCCAAAGUCUGCCAUGUUGCCGGAAAAAGAUUACAGCCUGUCAGAGCUUCUGAGCCAGGUGGAUUCUGGGAUCUCCAGGAGCUUUGAUCGAGUGAAGGAAGAUAGCUGCCACAGCAAAGAGAACACCUGCAAGAGACUGUCUGGUAUCUCCUCUGCAGAUUCAGCCUUCUCCUCUCAAGACUCUAUCACGCUGUCAUUUGAGAAAGAAAGCACUUAUGAUUCUGCUGAGGUCCAGAAGCGGAAGCUGUGUGAGGCCAUCAGGACAAAAGACACUGCCAAGCUGAUGAAGAUCCUCCAGCCUCAGGAUGUCGACCUUCUCCUCGACGGAGGAGGCAGUCUCCUCCACCACUCCAUCACCAUGAACAAUGAAGAGGCCCUCAAGUUCCUCCUCAUGAACAAUGCCAAUCCCAACCUCGCCAAUGCCCGUGGCUCCACACCCCUCCACCUGGCCACUGAGAAGCACCUGAAGCCCCUGGCAGAGCUUCUGCUCGGACGCCGCAGCACCAACAUCAAUGCCAAAGAUGAAGACCAGUACACAGCUUUGCAUUGGGCUGCCCAGAAUGGGGACGAGGCCAUCACACGCCUGCUGCUGGACCGGGGGGCGGCCAUCAACGAGACCGAUGGCCAGGGACGCACCCCGGCUCAUGUUGCUUGCCAACAUGGUCAGGAGAAUGUUAUCCGAGUGCUGCUGAGUCGAGGUGCUGAUGUUCAAAUCAAGGGAAAGGACAACUGGACAUCGCUACACUUGGCUGCCUGGCAAGGACAUCUGGGUAUCGUCAAGCUGCUGGUCAAGCAGGCCGUUGCUGAGGUGGACGGGCAGACCACUGACGGCCGCACGCCGCUACAUCUGGCAUCCAAAAGGGGGCAGUACCGAGUGGCACGCAUCCUGAUUGAAUUAGGAGCAAACGUUCACAUUCUUGCCGAUUGGUCAAACACGCCGCUACAUGUGGCGGCAGAGACGGGUCACACCAGCACCUCUCGCCUCCUGAUCAAACACCAGGCAGAUAUCCACGCCCCGAACGCCCACGGACACACUCCCCUCCAUCUCGCCUCCCAGCAGGGCCACCUGGCCACUGUCAAGAUGUUGAUAGAAGAGGGGGCAGACCCCUACAGGUCCACCAGCGCCCUACGCACACCUUGCCACCUGGCAGCAGAGAACGGACACUGUGAAGUCCUGAGAGAGCUGCUCCUUCACUGUCCUGAUGGUGGCGCUCUGUCAGACAAACAGGGGCUCAGCCCGCUACACCUGGCCGUGCAGGGCGGAUACUCGGAUAUCAUUACUAUGCUGUUACCACAGGACUGUCGGGACUUAGUUACUGAGAGCACAGUGCUGCCAGUAGCUGAAGAGUCCGUCCCACUGGAUGCUAAGCUGCUCCAGAGAAAGGUUGUCAUUCUGAAACUGACUGAACACAGCGAUAAAGACUGUCCACAAUCUACCAGCUCACAGUGUGCGACAGCAUCCUGCUAAUCGGAGAAAAGACACUGUCACAUCUGCGCUCACAUCUGUCUCAUCUGUCAUUUCUGUUCUCCACUGAUGCCUCAGAGUGAGGGAGAGAUUGUUAUUCCAAUUUUAAGGGAGAUUUUUGGAUUUAGAGGCCCUUUGAGCAAUGUCCGAAAAACUUAAAUGUAAAUAUGUACACUGUAAAUAGACUUUAAAUACUUUGUUUUGACUUUAGUUUUUUUAUAUACUUUUUUACAUAACAAGCCUAUUUGAUGUAACAAGCAUGUGUAUCAGAGACAUGAUCAGGAAAACCUUUUCUACACUGCUCUGCAGAUGGUUAUCCCUGUGACUUACAUUUAUCAGAACACAAGCUUUGGUUACGAAAGCUGUAGAUCAUCACAGCGUUUGCAUAAAAAAAAAAACUUUGGACUUCAGUGUUCUGUACCUGUUACAUAUCGGUGCUUCAUCAUCCAUUAAAACAUAUAAAACCUUUUA